AUGUCGUCGUCAGGAUUUUUACGUUGGGGUAAAGUUUUCGCAGCUGGAGGUAGCAUUGUGUUGGCUGGUGUACUUCUAUUCAAGUACACUACACCAACAGAUGAGCAGCUCAUUCAGGCUUUGUCUCCGGAAUUAAGGUUGCAAUAUGAGAGAGAAAGAAAUCUCCGUCAGGCAGAACAACAAGAGUUGAUGAAGAUCGUACAGCAGACAAUGAAGAGUAAUGAUCCGAUUUGGAAAAGUGGGUCUGUUGAAAAUCCAUGGGAGAAGGAUAAUGGAUCUAGAGCUACUAAGGAUCAGUUCCAAAGAAUGAAGGCUGAUCAAGUGCAGAAAGAAGAGUUGGAGAGAAUUAGGCAGGAACUUGGUAAGAUUAGAACGGAAAGUCUGAACGAAACCGACAAAAUAGUUUCGAAGAAAAGUUGGUGGAGUUUGUGGUAA